GAAGGCAACUUGAAUGGAGCACCUGUAAAAAAAAGUACAACUACACUAGUGUACACACUGAUCACCAUGUGUAUGUUUGGGCAAAUUUGUUGCUAACGGAGAUGCUGGGAAAACAUCGGCGGGCUCGGUGUUAUCUCGAUCGGCGAGGCCACGCCAGGCGACAUGUAAGGGUGUGUUGUCGGGCAGGUUAGUUCGUGAUCAUACAGCCGACAAGUACAGUACAGCUACGCACUGUGAGACAGAGACAAAAGUGGAGACCGCCAUUGUUAAAUUCAUUCCAAGGUCACCGAUUGACAAGGACAAGUAUGGGGAGUGGCAGCUCGACACCUCGGCCGAAAGAGACCAAGGCCAAAACCAAGUCAAAGUCCUUCAGGUUUCACUACUUCGACUUGAAGGGUCGGGGAGAGGUAGUGCGCCUCGCUUUCGUCCUGGCUGGGCUGGACUUUGAUGACGUCAGACAUACCCUGGAGGAAUGGACCAACAUGAAACAGACUGGCGAGUUUACCGGCCCCUUCAACCAGCUGCCGUGGCUGGAGUUGGACGACGGCACAACUAUCUCUCAAACCAGAGCUAUCCUGCGGCUAAUAGCCCGAGAGGGGGGUUUUGAUGGUGAUACGAACGUGGAAGCGGCUAAAGCAGACGAGAUAACGGACGCUGUUGAAGAUAUCAAAGAUGACUUCUUCAAGACGAUCUUUGAAAAAGAUGACGAGAAGAGGGCAUCACUGGAAGCUGAAUUCUGGGACAACAAACUGCCAACCAGACUGAGGCAGUUAGAGGUGCUUCUGGAAGCGAACAAUGGCGGACAGGGUUUCUUUGUUGGGAAGGCGAUGACUCAUGCGGAUCUGGACAUGUUUUCGCUGCUGGACAUGUUGGAAAGUUCUUCCAAGGAACGGGACCUCCUGGGCAUGUUGGGCGCCGUUCCGCUGGUCAAGGCGCACAAAGAACGAGUGGCUACCAACACGAAGAUAGCGGAGUACCUCCAGACUAGGAAAGAUACACCUUUAUAACAAGAUGGCGGCGUUGUACUACGGGAGACACGCAAAGAACUCUGGGAGAUGAAGUUUUGAAUGUUUUUGUAAAAACCCAAAUUUAUUAGAAUUCAUGCAUGUUUCAUCACGUAUAUUACAACACAUACGCGACGCAAAAUAUCUCCGAAUAACAUGAAAUAGCUAUAGUGCAGUCAUCAUAUAAACUUUAUUGCAAAUAUGUACAUAUCAUUUUAUAAAAGACACACCUGUAGAUAACCGUCCCUGAAGACAGACCUCAUACUUGACAUAUAGGAUAAGUAGAACAUUGUUGAUUAUAGGUUUCGUGGUGCUUGUGUUGUGCUUUGUUGUGUG